CAUGUCCCAUAAAUCUUUGCGAAGCUUUUAUAACUUCAGAAGUAUAAAUGCUACUAACAUAAACAUAUUAUUUGGAGGUUUAAUUAUUUAUAUUUUUAUUAUGCUUAGCUUUAUGAAUUUUUAAUAAAUCAUUAGUUUGAAUUUUUGUGUCAUUCAUUCUGAGUGGAGCUGGCAAAACUCAAUGGAAACAAUAAGAACUUAAAUAGUCAAUAUUAAAUAAGUAUAAAAUAAAGUUCUACUUCUGGGUUAACAAAAGUGAAAAACUUACGUGGGAAAAAUGGAGUUGAGAUUUACGACAACAUGGAUGAAAUUGGAGGGCGUUAUGCUAAAUGAACUAAGCCACACAGGGAAAGACAAAUAAUGCGUGGUACCACUUAUAUGUGGAAUCUAAAAAAAAAGACAAACUCAUGGGAAGAGUAGAAAAGUGAUUUUCAGGGGCUGGGGGUAGGGAAAUAGGGAGAGGCUGUAAAAGGGCGCAAACUUCCAGCUAUAAAUGAAGAAGAUGAGGAUCUAACGUAUAACACGCUGACUACACUUGACAACACUGUAUUGUACAACUGAGAUGUGCUAAAAACUGGAAUCAAGGGCAGGGGAGAUUCUGAGAGUACAGAUCCCUGGGAAAUGGCCAAAAUUCUUCAGAGAACUUCAGACUUUCAAAGAGUAUGAAUCAGUGGGUUCAAGCCAAGAUCUCCAAGAGAUACAAGGAAUCAAGUAUUGAGGUCCAGGUGGAAUGAAUAGGAAAUUGACUAAGGUCUAGAAAGCCCAGGAGGGUGGAGGUGCUAGACUAGAUAGUGGGGGAAAGGCUGUGGUCCAGCCUGCUCCUCUUCUGUCCCCUCGUCUCCCACUCUCAGGAGCCCUUUGUGACAAGGUCACAGCUCUGUGAUGUGGGCUUGAGGCUCUAGUCCCCACGCCACUCCCAGUGCUCAGUUGCCUGUGGGAAGCAGUGCAAUUCAGAGGAUGGAUUCAGACGAUGGAGAAUCCUCUCUUUUCUCUGAAAAGCAUUAUUGAUAUCUGGCUGAGCUCCAGUUCCACUUCCUGGGCAAUUGCUAUCAUCCUCACUGUCCUAUGUGGACUAGGGUUCUUCUUCAUGCUACUUGCCUACCUCCAGAGUAAUCCAUCCUUACCACCAGCUAGGAAACAUGGAAGCAUCAAGAAGCGUCAAGUGGAGCCGAGGGGGAGGAGCAGCAGGACUAGGAAGAAAAGUGGGGCUUUGAGAGCUUGCAGAGACUGCCUGAAAGAGCUAGAGGAGGCUCGGGGCCUCGUUUUACUGGUGCAAAGCCACCUGGACAGACUCCAUGACAAGGGUGGCUUUCAUCAGCUCUCACGUCAAGACGCCCCUGGCAAGGUGGGCAAAGCAGCGUCUGCUGGAGCCCACCAGCCACGUGGGGAGCAGAUGGAAGAUGCUGCUCCUGCCAUGUCCCUGUCCGCUUCCCCGGCUCCUCUGACCAAGCGCCCUCUACCUCUGGCCUGCACCCUGUCAGCAGAACCUCAGGAAGACCAGUCUGACUUGCCAAGAAUCCCACUGGGCACCGUCGCCAAGAGCUCACCUCCAGGUAACUCUGGUUUGGCAUCUCCCAUCUCAGGCCUUGUCCACACAAGUUGUCCCAUUUUGUUCCUCUCCCAGUGGUGGAAGGUUAUCCAGGCCUUGCUCUUCCCCACCUCAUCACAGCCCGAGUGCCAGCAAGAGCGCCUGUCUCACCGCCCGCUGGAGGACUCACCCUGGGGAGCCCUCACCGACAGGCAGGUAGAGGCUGGUAGCCCCUCAUUUGUCAACCCUGACGUCCAGAAGAUGCUGAACAUACAGAUCACCAAAAGAGUCGAACUGGUUAUCUGGAAUAAGAAAGAAAACGAUGGGGCAUUUGCGAAACACAUGAGCUCAGACUUCCACCUGACCUCUUCAGGGAAUAUGUGGAAAGCACCAGGCGCUGAGCAGGACACCACAAGCCCCCACCCCUUCUGGACCAUGAAAGACAAACCAGAGCAGCUGCUCAGUCCUCGGCAGCUGUCCUAUCCCAAAGUCUUGGGGGACCAUUUACAGCAGAAAUGCAGCCAGCUCUACUGGGGUCUCCCCUCUCUGCACAGUGAGUCUCUGGUGGCUACCAUCUUGGUCUCUAGGAGGUCUUCUCAACUACAGGCUUCCUCUGUUUCAUUCAAUGGCAUCUCUCAUUGCUUUCCAGUUCCAGUCUGGCCUAAAAUAUCUUCAAGGCUUUCCCAGGCCCCACCCUUGCCCCACUCUGGGGCCCAACCCCAACCUCUGGCUCAGACUCAGACCCAGAACCAUCUCCCAUCCUCUCUCCCAAUCCAACCACCUUCUUCUCCACCCCAGAUGGGGACCUGUGGGGUAUCUUUCCCUGCAUUCCAGAAUGAGGCACAAUCUUUCAUCCCAACUAAAAUACAUCUGGAAUUUUCCCUGUUGCAGAAGCAACUGGAAAGGGAGAGAGCUUUACCUUCUGUGGUAAAACGAUCUGAAGAAGUCUUUUGCCAACUCAUUCCCAAUCUUCCCCAACGCAGUGGGGCCUCCCACACUCACAAGUCAGUUUCCACCCUUCCUGGGGACUUUAUCAGCUCUAAUCUCCAAAAGCAACAUCUUCAAAAGAGGCUCAUCAAAGAUGAACACCACGGUGUCCUGCCCCAAGAGAUCCAAGUGUCUCUGGAACUGAUGCGGCUUCAGGAAGAAUUCCUAGUGGCUUAUCAGGCACAGGGCAAGCAGGCGCCCUCACGGCCCUCUGCAUUUGCAGACAAAGGCAGCAAGGACACACAGAAAAUGGGGUCUAGGUGCCCUAGAAAGUCCCAUGGGAAGGGUCAAGUAAAGUUACAACUAGGGAAGGACUUUAGCAAGGGUCUGGGGCAAUGUCUGCAGAGGAUUCCGGAAGAUCUCUCCAGGGGCUCAGCCAGCUUCCCAGUGAAGGUUCUGGGAAUGAACUCCGAGGAGUCAGAAAAACACUUGCUGAGGCCCUCGAAGAGUGACUCUGGAAAUUGCUUACCCAGAGGCCCAGAUGAGAAACAUCUAGAAAAAGUCUUGGAAGUCCAUUUGGGCAGGAAGUCGAUACAGAUCAAGGAGGGUUUGAUCCCUGUGAGUGUGCGUCGAUCCUGGCUUGCUGCCAACUAUGCAUUUCCCAAGUCCCACACUCACACGGAAACCGGAAAUCCAGCAUCCUGGAAGGGUCAGGAACCCGCUGUGAACACCUCCUGUGGGCAUUCCGUCCUCAGUCCACACACUCGACAGGUUCUGGAAGCACAUAUUACAAAGCUUCGAGUGCUCCAUAAGUGGGGUCUACCCCUCAAGGUCCUCAAGCCCAUAAAACUCCUUAAGUUGAAAAAGGUUCAACCCUCGCCCCUUCCACGGUCGGCCUUCCCUCCGUCAGCUGCCUGUGCAUCUGGGGCCCACUCAAAAGCUAGCUUCACCACGUUCUCGGGAAAAUCUCUUCAGCCCCAUCCAAGAGAGAAAUUGAUGGAAGAGUCAGUUCCCACCCUGACAAGUCCCCUCCCGGCCCCGUCCCCUGUGCGUGAAGAAAUCCAGGAGGCCCUGGGUGGGACCCCACCUGGUGAUGGGCCCUCAGAGGCCCCUCUUGCUGGACAGGAGGGCAGGCCGCCUCCUCAGUCUCUCACAAAAAGCUCUGUGGGCAGAAACUGGCACAGUGAGCCUGUGAUGGGGGCCGAGAAAGGCAGGCUGGGGCCGAGUCCCAGUUCAGCCGUGGCCAGGGGGGAGCCAAGGGAGGGGAGCGGGCGCCAGGCCUCGCGAGACCCCUGCCGUAGUUCCAGUUCCCAGAGGGAACACACCAGUGAGGACACACCAGCUUCCCAGGUGCCAUAUGACCUCAUACCUAGUGGAAAGACCAGCCAGGGGCAGCAGCAGCCCAGGAUACCAAAAGCUAAGGACCCACGUAAGAGCCAGAGCAAGAUAUUUGUCCCAACUGAUGAGAGGAAUGACUACAGGAGGCCCAAACCAGGAGAGUGUGAAGAAAGGUUUGCAGGACUGAGGGCUUCCCAAGCCAGUGAGAUGAGCCGCCCCUCCCAAGUCAGGGGAACAGGAGACACCACUGGGAGCAAAUGCUUCCAGCUCCUGCUGGAGAAGGGACACUCCAGCCACUUCAGAAAAGAGAUGCAGCACUUUCUGCAGCAUCUUGACCCCAGUCAAAAAGACAAAAGACUAGAAGAUCUCCCUCCAAAGGGCGAGCCUGCGUCAGCCACUGCCCAGAGCCCUGGACCAGUCACAAGCUCUGUUAAGGACGGCGGGGCUGGUGAAGCGCAGAUGAUCGCGACAUCUGUUGGACAGAUCCUGGCAGAGACAUUGAGGCUUCACCAAGGACUUUGCGGCUCAGAGAAAUGGCAGCACAAAGAACAAUUCCAGGCCCCCGGAAGUGGGCAUUCCCACUACCAGGGGGCUUUCUCCUCCCCAGAGCAGAGAAGAGUGAUGACAAAUACAGUUUACAGUCACAAAGCCACCUCUGGGGUCCACGGCUGUCCUAACAAGAGCAGGUGGACCAGAGAGAGGGAUGGCAAGUGGGUUUCCACCUAGGGAGCCUGGGUCCCCAGCCAGACCCUCCCAGCACGGGCCGAAUGUGGCAGGUGCCUCAGCCCACCAUUACCCAACAUGCUGUCCUUGAGAGUGUGCUUCUCAUGCCUUUCCUGUUAGGGAAACUUUCUGCCAAUAAAAAAUGUAGUUUAUGCAGAGAAAAUCUGGUUAGGAAUUUCCUAAGGUUGGCACAUUUUCUCUAUGCAAAUGGCUUCUUCCUCCAAUUUUUAUUGUUUCUCAAAAUACGUCUUUCCUCACAAGAGGUGGCAGCCUCUGUCUGUGUCCUGCUGGGUGGAAGGGAAGGGCUCUGGGUCUGCUCUUCCUGAGUGCCUGCUUUGGCUUCCAGAAGGGUUGCGGCCAUGGAGAGAGGCUGGCUGCAGCGUGGCAUACCCACCCCCACCCCCAUUCCCUCAUUGCACCUUAAGUUUCCAUAACUCCAUCAUUACAGAAACAAGCGAAAGCAUCCAGAACUUGUCAAGAUGAGCAAAAAGACCCCACUCCAGGAGCAGGCUCAGCCUGUCCUUUCCUGCUUUCUCCCUACCUUGAACACGUGCAGCUGUGGGGAAGAGGUUGCCAGAGGCUGAAAUUCCCCUCAGGCUCCAGGAAGUGUUGGAGACAAGUUCACGUGUCACAGAGCGGGGAGGGGACUUUGGGGGCAGUGCUGGCCCUGAGUCCAGAGGUGGGAGAAAUCUUGGCCCCCGGAUCUCAUGGUGGGAAUAGAUGAUGCCUUCCCCGGGAGCCUUCUCUCCCUGAUGAAUCUGGGAUUGAGAUGGGCCGGGGAACCCUCGUAGCUCAGCGUCAGCCUCCCUCUGCCCAUCUCACCCUCUGGAGCAGCAGCAAGGGUGAGGAUGGCGCUCCCAGCUCUCAGGGUGUGCAGUGGGGAGCAUGGAGGCUGCUGAGGGCCAAUCCAGCCCUACUGGAGAGGAGAGA